AGCAAGCCUUGAAUUCCUGAGGAGAAAUUUGGAUCAUGGUUUACGGUUCAUUUCGGUUGGUUUACUGAUCUAUUUAAACUUGGUCUGCCGUUCGGUUCGAGUUGUUUUUAGCUUAAUCAGCAAGUGUUCGUAUGAGGCGCGGGAGAGAUUAAACAAAACUCUACCCGACGAAGGCAGCAAUCGUUAAGCGGGAGAAUCUGACAUCACCACGCGUCUUUCUUCUUAAGUUCCCACAAAAAAACCGACACGGUUUCCUUUUCCCAAUUUCCUUCGACUGCAAGAGUUCCCCCCUCCUUCUUUGCUUAAUAACCAACAGUUCUCCAAUUUUUUCCUUCGCCUCAUCACCCGAAAACCAACCAACUGAUCAAUCUGCUUCCAAAGCUCAAAACUUUCCUGAAAAAUGGAGGCUUCAAGGAAAAAUCCCCUCUACCCAGAAGUAAUCCUCUCCAACCCCGAAAGACCUAUUGCCACAACCUCUUCCUCUUCCGCACCCUCCGCCCCAUCUCUUUACCCGACGAUCUACAUGUCGGAUCUCGCCGAGAAUCUCUUCCCCGAGAACGAAGCCGCCCUGGCGGAGCCGGCUCCACACGAGGAGCUUUUGAUCACGAUCCCGGGCGCCAUAGUGCACUUGAUUGAGAAGGACCACAGCGUGGAGCUUGCCUGCGGGGCUCUGGACAUAGUUACCUUCAAGCAGGGGGGAACAGUCAUCGCGGCAUUUUGUCGAAUAGGUGGCGACAUUCAGUGGCCGCUGGCGAAAGACGAGGCCGCAGUGAAGCUCGACCAGUCCCACUACUUCUUCUCGCUUAGGGUUCCUUCGGGGAGUCAAGAAUUCAGUGAUGAAGAGGAGGAAUCGAGGGGAAGUGGGAAUCAAUUCGAGGUCUUGAACUACGGUGUUACCUUUGCUUCAAAAGGGCAGGAGGGCUUGUUGAAGGAAUUGGAUAGGGUGUUGGAGAGUUACAGUGCGUUUUCGGUUCAGGAAGUGAGGGAGAAAGGGAUCGAUGGGAAUGUGGCCAGGGAGACUACGCCAGAGGAGUUUGGGAAAGAAGGGAAGAAGAAGGAGUUGAUGAAGGAAAACUCUGCGGCUUAUUGGACUGUUCUGGCACCAAAUGUGGACGAUUACAGCAGCUCCCUUGCUAGGAUGAUUGCGGCAGGAUCGGGGCAUGUGAUCAAGGGGAUUCUGUGGUGUGGGGAUGUGACUACUGAUAGAUUGAAAUGGGGGAAUGAUUUCUUGAAGAAGAGGUUGAAGAAAGGUGACACUGUGGAGGUCAGUCCAGCAACUCUGAAAAGGAUCAAAAGGGUUAAGAGGCUGACAAAAAGUUCGGAAAAAGUGGCUGUUGGACUCCUAUCUGGUGUGGUCAAAGUUUCUGGUUUCUUUACAAGUCCCAUUGUCAACUCUAAAGCAGGGAAGAAGUUUUUCAGUCUUUUGCCUGGAGAAAUCGUUCUUGCUUCAUUGGAUGGAUUCAACAAGAUUUGUGAUGCUGUUGAAGUUGCUGGAAAGAAUGUCAUGUCAACCUCAUCAACAGUCACAACUGGGCUCGUCUCCCAUAAGUAUGGAGAACAAGCAGCAAAGGCGACGAAUGAAGGGUUUGACGCUGCAGGGCAUGCCAUUGGCACUGCCUGGGCUGUGUUUAAGAUAAGGAAGGCUCUAAACCCAAAGAGUGCUUUCAAGCCAACAUCUCUAGCCAAAGCAGCUGUAAAGGCUAGUGCUUCGGAUCUCAAGUCUAAAUCCUCGAAGUAAGGAUAGCCAGAGUUCGAUUGGCGUUGGUUGUUGUUUGGUUUGGUUUGGUUUGGUUUGGUUUUUUUUUUUUUUUUUUUAUGUACAAGGGAUGGUGGGAUUUGUUUGUAACCAUAGAUAUUAGAUUUGCUAGUGUUGAACUGAAACAGAUUAUGUGCUCUCUCCUCAUUUUGUAAUCAAUGGCUUCACCUGAGCUCCAAUGUGUAAUGCAUUAAUCUUAAAACACUUGAAAAAAGAGGCCCAAUAAGCUGUCCAUUUGAAACUUGGGCGAUUGGGCCACAAAAGUUUUGGCCUUCUCAUAGUCUAAUGGUUGGAGUCGUUCAGUUGUUUACUUGAUACUUGAUAGAAGGUAAAAAUAUAAUAAUCGUAUGAUAAACAAGAUCAGAGUUUUUGCAUGUGAAACAACACAGCAAUGACGUGAAAUUGUUUGUAAACUAGGGUUUCUCAACCAAUCCAAAAUAGAAGCAGAGAGGAAGAACAAUGUCAAGGUGCUUGCCAUUUCCUCCGCCUGGUUAUGUUUGGCAUGGAGUGGAAGGAGAGGCAUUGAUUCAGUUGCUAAUCAAGGUGAUCGUUUCCUUCAUAAUGAGGUUCUUACACGCACCCUUAUGCCUUGCGCUGAUGGUUGUUGUUUGCUGCUUGUGUUUUAAAACUUCAGACAAGAGACGAGAAACAAAAGCAAAGAGAGAAGAGGAGGAGGAGGAAGCAACAUGAGUGGAAGAAAAGGAGGUUCUCUGUUGUAAUUGAUCCACUGGAUGAGUGUUCUGACAAUGACAACUAUGUCAAGAUGAAGAAGAAAAUCAGGUCGCAAUGUUUUGAUUAGACUAAAACGUGUGAAAUGAAGCAUCGAAAUACAAGUGUGGUGAUUAAGAGUUGCGACAUUUUAAAAAAAUGAUCGUUCUAUGUAACAAAUUGAAUAUAUGCAUAUGAAUAUUUGACAACUCGAGACUGAUAAUGUAUUUGAUUGACUCUUUAAGACAAGAAUCAAAGGCUGCUUAGAGGUAACAUUUAGAACUUGAGAAGUCUCCACUUACUAUACCAUUCUAAUUUAGAUACCAUGAAAAGAUGAUAGUAUGUGAGUUCAAUAUAAUCAUUACAUUUUG